AUGGCCGAGGACACGGAGCGCAGCGAUGGCCGCAUCGUGAAGAUGGAGGUGGACUACAGCGCCACGGUGGACCAGCGGCUGCCCGAGUGCGAGAAGCUGGCAGCGGAGGGAAAACUCCAGGAGGUGGUGGAAACGUUGCUGUCCCUGGAGAAGCAGACCCGGACGGCGUCUGACAUGGUGUCCACUUCCCGUAUCCUGGUGGCCAUUGUGAAGAUGUGUUAUGAAGCCAAGGAGUGGGACUUGCUGAAUGAGAAUAUCGCGCUUCUGUCCAAGAGGAGGAGUCAGCUGAAACAGGCCUGUUGCUAAGAUGGUCCAGCAAUGCUGCAAGUAUGUGGAGGAGAUCACAGACCUUGAUAUCAAGCUGCGCCUAAUUGAUACUCUGCGGACGGUUACAGAAGGAAAGAUCUAUGUAGAGAUUGAGCGUGCUCGGCUGACCAAGACCCUGGCAGGUAUAAAGGAAAAGAGCAGUGAUGUGAAUGAAGCCGCUUCCAUCUUGCAGGAGCUUCAGGUGGAGACCUAUGGCUCCAUGGAGAAGAAGGAGAAGGUGGAGUUUAUUCUGGAACAGAUGCGUCUUUGUCUGGCAGUGAAGGAUUAUAUCCGAACUCAGAUCAUAAGCAAGAAGAUCAACACCAAGUUUUUCCAGGAUGACAACACCGAGGAGCUGAAGCUGAAAUAUUACAACCUCAUGAUUCAGCUGGAUCAACACGAAGGCUCCUACCUCUCCAUAUGUAAACACUACCGGGCCAUCUAUGACACCCCCUGCAUCCAGGCUGAGAGCGAGAAAUGGCAGCAGGCUUUGAAGAGUGUUGUACUCUACGUGAUUUUAUCGCCGUAUGACAAUGAGCAGUCUGACCUGGUCCACAGAAUAAGCACUGAUAAGAAACUGGAGGAAAUCCCAAAAUACAAAGAUCUGCUGAAGCUCUUCACCACCAUGGAGCUGAUGCGAUGGAGCACAUUGUGCGAGGAGUACAGCAAGGAGCUGAGGGAGGGCUCGCUGGACAGUGUGGCUACUGAUGUCUUCAGCUACUCCGAGGAAGGCGAAAAGCACUGGAAGGACCUGAAGAAUCGCGUAGUGGAACACAACAUUCGGAUCAUGGCGAAGUAUUACACCAGGAUCACAAUGAAACGAAUGGCCCAGCUGCUGGAUCUCUCUGUCGAUGAAUCGGAAGAGUUCCUCUCUACCUUAGUGGUGAACAAAACCAUUUAUGCCAAGGUGGACCGAUUGGCUGGCAUCAUCAACUUCCAGAGGCCGAAGGACCCCAACGACCUCCUGAAUGACUGGUCCCAGAAACUGAACUCUUUGAUGGCAUUAGUAAACAAGACGACACAUCUUAUAGCUAAGGAAGAGAUGAUCCACAAUUUGCAGUGA